AUGGCUGACAGAUUCCCAUCCCUCGAGGAGUUCGAUUCUGGCGUUCAAACCGACAUCAGGGCCGCCGUUGAAGACCCCUCCGCCGACGACUUCCUUGCUCGAGAGAAGGCUCUGCUCGGCGAUGAUGCCGACUUGUUUACGACAACCCAAGAUGCUGCAGCCGUUUCAGGCGAUGUAGGCGGCGACCUUCUUGGCGGAGAGGAUAAUGCGCAGUCGACAUUCGAGUCACAGUUCCCCGACAUCACGACUGUGCAGCAGGUUGGCCCGUCCGUAACUUACAAUUCCGGCUUUGCCGCCUAUGCCGAGGAGAAAGAUGAGGAUGAACCCGAAGUUGUCAAGGAGUGGAGGGAGCGACGUAACGCCGCCAUCACCAAACGCGCCGAGCAGUUUGCGGCCCAGCGAGAGGAGACCAUAACAGAGGCCAGGCAGAAUAUCGAUGACUUCUACGACCAUUACAACACCAAGAAGGAGAAGGGCAUUGCGCAGACACGCAGGGAGGCUGAGCAGUUCCUUGCUAAUCGCGAAGAUACCGUGUCGGGCGGUACCAGCUGGGACCGUAUUGCGAAGCUUGUCGAUAUCAGCGGCAAGGGUGUCAAGGGUGGAGCCGCCGGCUCUGGAAAGGAGAGGUUCCGUGAGCUGUUGGUUAGUCUACGGAAAGAUGAGAAGGCUCCCGGAGCUAGUGGCAUCUAG